AUGGACAUCAACUUAAGCAAAGACGAGUUAGACAGGCUUAAUAAUGCUUUAAAAAAGCCUGAAUUCGUGACACUGCUAAAUGAAUAUGUUGAUGAAAUUUCUGACCCAAAAAACAGAAAAGAAUACGAGGAUUAUUUAAAACAGCUGGAAGGUAAUGGAGAAUUACCAAAUGGAAGAGUUUUGAUUAGGCCGGGACCUGGAUUUUGUAUUAAAACUUCGCUUAAAAGUAAAGGAAGAACUAUAAAAGGAUUUAUUAACAUUUGUAGGGCGAAUGAAAUACAAGCACCUUCAUUAGAGAGAAAGGAAAAAGGCGGGACAUGGAGCGUCCCAUAUGCAAUGGGGCAUCCGAGGCAUGAUAAAGAUAAGCGAGGAGAUGUCUGUUUGACUCUUGAUUGUGCGUAUAACCCGAUGGCUUUUGAACUAGCUAAAAAUUCUCAAUCUGCCUCUUCGUGAGCGAGCCAAACCAUUUGAAAAUCUUUAUUUUCUAAAAAACACCAUCUCUAGGAGUAAGCAAAAUUUUUUAGCAAUUAUUAUUAUAAUGAAAUCUCCAGCUAAUUCUGUUUAAUUUUAGCAGCUUAAGUAAAUUAAUUUUUACUUUUUUUUUUAUAAAAUUAUACUAUAAAAAAGAUUCAAAAAAAAUUAAUACCAACCCAAAUAAAAUUUUUGCUCGUUCACUGAGGGUGAGAAGUCAACAAUUUUUGCAAUUAUUAUGUGAAACUGCGAUUUAAAGCAGGCUUAUAUUAUAUAAACUUAAAAUUAAAUACAAAAAUAAUAUUAAAUUCAUAAAUUUUUUUAGAUAAAAAGGUGUUUUUAUAUCAUUUUUUAUUUUUUAAUAUCCCAUCCUUAAAGCAGCUGCAACAGUUUUGAAAUCUCAAGGUGAAACAGUUAGCGAAGAUUACAAGUUAUUAAAAAAAUUAAAAUGCAAAGGAGGAAGUCCUGGUAGUAUCAUGGUCAAUGAAAUGAGAAUGAAAAAUCCAAAUCUCCCUCAAGAAGAAAGGCCUCAAACUUAUAAGCUGUCUGAAGAAGGGCCAAAAUUAUAUAAAGAAUUGGUAUCUACACAAAUGAAAGCGAAAGAAGAAGAAAAGAAAAAAGAGACAGAAAAAGAAAAAGAAAAAGAAAAAGAAGAAGUCGAAGAGCCUAAAAUUGAAGAAAAAAGAUCAACUGGGAUUGUGAAGCCUAAAUAUAAAAUUGUUUAUACAUCUCCUGUGGAUUUAGGUGACUUUUUGGAUUCCCGAGUAAAAGGUAUAAAAAGACCAAAAGAAGCAAUCGUGACAAUUGAUGUGCCAUUUAUGGAAAAAAUUAGUGAGGCCAAAAUUGAUGUGCAGGACAAGCUAUACCAUUUUAUUUUAAUUAUUAUUUAUUAUUUAAUUAAUAUUAUUUAUUUCUUGAAUAUUUCAAAGCAUAUCCCAUAGAUAUACUUAUUUUUGGUGUCAAUAAUUUAUAUUAUUUAGAAGUCAAAAUUUCUUACUCAGUUGAUGAAAACAAUGCCAAUGCAAAAUUUGAUAGAACAAAAAAGCAAAUGAAAAUCACAUUGCCAAUUAUCCCAGGGCCAGAGCUCCCAGAAAUAGUGCCAAACGAUAUUCCUGAAAUCGUAAAUGAUGAAGAAGAAAAUAAUAAGCCUAAUGAAGAAAUAGUGCAACUACAAGAGCCGAAAAAUGCAGAAAAUAUUGUUGAAUCACAGAAAUCUACAAAUCAUAAAGAAGAGCUGGGAGGAGCAGAAAAUAAUUUUUUAAAAAUAGUAAACGAUGAAGGAGAAAGUAAAGCUGAAGAAAAUACUGAAAAAGAUGAAAAAAUUGAAAUUCCUGAAGAUUUAAAUUUAAAAUGGAGUGAAGAAAGGCAAGAAACUGAUAAAAAUGAAAGGAAAAAUUUAGUUGAAGAAAUUAAAAGUGAUGAAUUAGAAAGAGUUGAGAAAGAAGUUGAGGAAAAUAGUGAUAUAAAAGAAGAAGCCUGUGAAGAGCCAAAAGUUAAAGAAAUAAUCCAAACACCUUGCUGCAUCCGGCUGAAAAGUCAAUUGCUGUAUCAGCUUUUAUAA